AGUCCGCGGAAGUGACGUCAGGCGAAGAAGAAUCUCUGUUUACAGCUGUGUUUAAACUCUGUUAGCAUGAGCUCCGACACUGUGAUUUAAGACAUGAUUUCGCGUUUAAGGCUUCUUUCUGAAACACCGACAUGAGCGACGCGAUGGAGAGCCGAGAGCAGGGAACUCUUCUGUCUUCAGCCGCGAUGAAGAGAGCUGAAAUCAGUGACCAGCCACAAGCGGUGGAGAAGAGAGGGCCGUAUAUCAUGUCCAAAGCUCCUGCUUUCCACACCAAGCUCCAGAAGCACAGAGACACGGCCAGACGAGCUCUGCAGAAGAGAGGACUGGGCUCAGGGAGGCUUGUGCUUCAUCAGCCACGACACAAACCAAAGACUGUGAGGUUCAAUCAGGGAUACGCGGCUCUGAGUCAGACGGGAGAGGAUUCGCUCGUCUCGCUGGACUCAGACAGUGAUGCAGAGCUGGACUGUUCGUCUGGAUAUUCCUCAGCAGAAGUGCAUCCAGAUCUGAGCAGGCAGCUGUUGAAGGAUGGAUAUCACCUGGAUGAGACACCUGAUGAUGAAGAUCUGGACCUGAUUCCCCCGAAAGCCCUGAGCUCCUCCGUCUGCUGCUGCUGCUGUGUGCAGUGAGAAACGGUCUUCCAUAGUGAUGCCAAAGAUCUCAUUCUCAUUGCUGUAAUGGAUGAAAACAAUCAUAUUUAAAUGGUCAGUUAUGUAUUCAUCAUGGAAGCAUUUGUUGUGCUGCCUUUGAACUGACUGAAAAAACUAUUUACAAAAGCAUAGUACUUUAUGUGCUUUAGUCACAGAAAUAUGAUUUGGAAGUGAUUUGUGUAUGUAUGAAAUCAGUGGCCAUCGCUAUCUUCAUUCUCUGAGUUUUAUAAUCAUCAUUUCACUCGGGACAGCAGCUGAUGAUUUCAAAACUCUCAGAAAAGGAAGUGAAGAUGAAAGUGGGAUCUGAAACACACAGAAUACACAUAAUGCUCCAGCUCAGCGUGUGGGGAAGUGCAGCGUUACUGAUAGUGAGAAACCUGACACUACUUUACAUACAUGUGUGUGUGUGUGUGUGUGUGUGUGUGUGUGUUUUACUCUGCUCUGGAGGUCUUUGAGGCUCUUUUGAAAAGUGUUUAUACAUUUUUUUAACUGUAUUUUCUCUCUGAUAUUCUGUUACUCUCAAACAGCAACACAUUUUGUUACUGAAAUGAAGUGAGGCUGAUGCGAGUUGUUACAUUAGUCAAUAUAUGACGUGUUAUUUUGUAUUUAAAAUUGCAUAAUCCAGAAUAUUUUUAUCUGCCCUUAAAUAUGCAUUUGCUUGAGUAUUAUAAAUAUGUCGUUGUGUCUGUGUUUGUGGUUAAAGUGUGUGUGAGAGAGAUUUAGAAAAUCUUCAACACUAUGCAACUAAACACUUUAUUUCUUCACUUUGUAGCCACAAGAAAUCAGUUACUGACUUUAUAAUGCGAUGACUUUAUUGACUUUUAUUUUGUUGCAAGACAUAUAUUAUUUGUAUUUAACGAUGUUAAUUGUGAAAUUAAAGGAAACACUUAAACUUUCUCUCUUUAAUGUGUGUCAGGUGUUUAUAUUCACAAUCGAAUCUCGGCAUGGGAUCGUUAGGAAGUACAUCAUGCUAGAAAUGACCAGCAGUCUUCCUUUAAUGCUAUUUGGAUUAAACUGGAACAGAGUUGGAAAAAAGCCAGAGUCGUGUGUGUUGGUGAAAGUGGUGUGGUUUCUAGACAGCUGAUGGAUGGGUAAAAUAUAACAAGUAAAUGCAACAAUAAAAGUGUGAAACUGCACCUACUGCGCAUGAGCA